AUGACGCCGAGCAUCAAACUAAAUUCUGGCCAUUAUAUACCAUCAGUUGGUCUUGGUACUUGGCUUUCACCACCUGGCCAGGUCGGGGAUGCGGUAAAAGUCGCUCUCAACAACGGCUAUGAGCACAUCGAUUGUGCACAUGCCUAUAGGAAUCAGGUGGAAAUUGGCGACGCAUUGGCCGAUAUUUUCAGCGAAGGCAAAAUCAAGCGACAAAAUAUAUUCAUUACAUCAAAGAUCUGGAACACUUUUCAUUCUUAUCAAAUGGCCAAGAAGGGAAUGGAUAUGAUUCUCAGUGAGCUACGCCUCGAUUAUCUUGAUUUGUGCCUCAUUCACUGGCCUCAUGGAUAUGAAGAAGGCAGUGAUUUUUAUCCUAAGGCUGCUGAUGGUAAGAAAUUCAGAUAUUCGAAUAUUGAUUACUUAGAAACGUGGCUUGCUAUGGAGGACUACGUUGCGAAAGGAAAAGUUCGCUCCAUUGGCCUAUCCAACUUCAAUCAUAAACAGAUUCAACGAAUUAUGGAUAAUGGAAAUAUGAAGCCAGCUGUUUUACAAGUCGAACUUCAUCCAUAUCACCAGCAACGAAAACUUCGUAGUUUUUGCGCAAAAGCUGGUAUCGUCAUAACGGCUUAUAGUCCACUGGCCAAUCCAACAAUGCCAUUCCGAAAGGCCGAGCAUCCUGUCGAACUUCAUCCAUAUCACCAGCAGCGAAAACUUCGUAGUUUUUGUGCAAAAGCUGGUAUAGUCAUAACGGCUUACAGUCCACUAGCCAAUCCAACAAUGCCAUUCCGAAAGGCCGAGCAUCCUGUGCUGCUUGAAGAUUCGCAGAUUCUUCAAAUAGCUGGUACUCACAAUAAAACUGCUGCCCAG